AUGAACCCGCAUUUGGAGAUCAAGACGUCUGCCGGCAGAGGCCACGGAGUCUUCGCGACCCAAGACAUACCUGUCGGCACGAUCAUACUGGAAGAACGGCCUACCAUGAUCAUCAGCAACCUUGACCCUUCAGAAGCAGAUGUGCACCGCGCGUUCCUCAAACUAAGCGAACCAGACCAAGACCUCUUCCGCUCGCUCCACGAAGGCACUCGACACCUCAGAACACGCCUCGCGCGCAUCUACCACGAAAACUGCUUCGACCCGACUCGAAGAAUGAGAUUCUUUGUCUUCCCAGAUGGACGGCCAGGGACGAAAUGCAUAGGUGAAGAAGAGUGUAAGAGGUUUGUUAGACAGCAGUGUCUGCAGCCGAAGGUGAGACAGAAGGCCAGGAGCGAUCUCAAGCUCUUCGUGAAGGAAUGGAGGCAAUACUUGCAAGCUGGUGAGCGGGGAGUGGCUGCUGGGCUCAAGCGUGGGGGCAGUGACAGUGCGGUGGAGUUGAGAGAGCAUGAAGAAUAA